AUGGAGAGCGAGCCGCGGCCGCCACCUCAGCCGCCCCCGCCCGACGCCUCCCUGGAACCGAACCGGACCGGGCCGCGGGGGACGGCGGUGGGGGGUUGUCGGUCAGCCAGCCCCGGGGGACUCACCCCAGAUGUGCACCCCGAGUUUGAGGAUGGAGGAACAGCCCGCGAACUCUCGCCAGCUGGGCCGUUCGGACGCGUUACAGGACACCCCCUCCGAUGCCCCCCUGUCCCCGCAACGCCCCCACACCUGAGGCUGCCGCUCUCCUCCCCUUGCAGCGGCCCGGGCGGCGCAGGCGCGCUCACGCACGCGCGCACCGGGCCUGGGCGCCUGGACGAAUGGCUGGGCCGAACCGCUCCGGAGACUGAACCGCUCCGCACACCAGCGGCUGGACUCUGCGCCGCAGCUGCCAACCAGGCUGGAGCGGCUGGCCCGGCCCCCAGCGGCCCACUGCUUCGCCCGCCGCCAUUGGCCUGCGGCCUUAACCCACCCUUGUUCCCAUUGGCCCGAGGCCGUUCCCGCGGCUGUCCAUCACCUCUUGUUUACCCUGUCUUCGGGCAAAUCCAGCCGAGCCGCCCCAUCAACUCCAGCUCCCAUUGGCCAACGGAAACUGCCACUGUGAAUCACUGGGAACCCGGAGGAGAGAAUGUGCUUCCUUUUGGCCCCUACAAAACAACUGAUGAGCCGCACUACAGGUGUUCACAGGCCUAAGAAAAUAAAUACCACGUCUGAGGUGUGCUGCGCCGGCAGCUCUGGGGCUCUCGGAGCCGGCUCCAAACACACAGCCACCAGGAGAAGGCUUGGGGGCUGCAUAACAAGCGGCCGGU